AUGGGAUCUGUAAAAAUUGAAUCAGAAACGUCUGUUAAAUCAUUUGUUUUACCUGUUGACGGAGAAAUCAUCUUGGACGGCUCUAUCACAUUAGGUGCUGAUAAUAACGAAGGGGACUGUAAAGAAAAAAAUGUAUAUUACAUGGAAAAAUCGAUAUCAUCAUGGGCACAACCUGAUGUAUGGAGUUCUUCAAAAUUCAAUAAAGCAACACCCGAUGCUGAAAAAAUUCCGUGUUUUGAUGAUGUCGUGGAAUUUCCAGAAAAUAUUCAGUCAACAAUAUUGCUACCUGAUCUUACUCAAUAUGUCAGUGAUAUUCGGAUCGGUAAACAGCACUUCGAUACUAAAAAGUUAUUGGACCAUAUUCGCGCUGAAUCAGAUGAAAGCCUGCAGUUUGUUCUUAACACUUUUUUGGAUACUGGAGUUGUUGUUGAAAAUAAGCAAUGUCAAUCACGAUCAGGGUGCCCGUGUCAGAAAAACGUACUUAAAAUUGAUUGUUCUUCUAAAUAUUGCCCAGUACCUACUUGUAUCGAUCCAAUUAAACCGAUUGGUCAUUGUUGUAAGAUUUGUGGUGGCUUUAUUUCAUUCGAUGUUGAUGAAAGUUUUGAUAUAAUGGAAUUCAAAGAACUUGUUGAAAGUACGGUUGACAAUUAUGGAAGAAACAGGUUAGAUUAUCAUGUUGGUAGACUGCCACCUAACAAAGUACAAUUAUUGGUAGUCGAUAAGAAGGAAUACGAAGGAACAAGUGCACAAGUAGUUAAUACAAUCGAUUAUAAUAUGCAGAAACACUGGGUUCAAAGUGCUAAACUAUCGAAAAUUAGCGGAACUCCUCUCUACAAAUAUGGAAUGGGUGGAAAAAUAUUUGUUUCGAUGUUCUUUGUCGUAGUUUUUACAAUUGGAGCGAUUUAUGCUUAUUAUUAUAAGUUACCGGAAAUAAGAUAUCCUAUCAUGGGACGCAGUUUCACAAGUAUGUUUUCAAGAAUUCAAAGGCGAACGGAUAGUGUUGUGUCAUUAACAAGGCGGGAUUCUACAAUAACAACAUCUGGAGUUAGAACUGCGUUUAGAAAUCCUUUGUACGAUUCUAGAAGAGGGCGGGUGCAGGUAGAGGAGUUGGUUACCCCACAAUAG